CUUCAGAUUACCUCAUGGUUCGAUGACCCCACUGAUCAAGCUUUACUGGACUUAAUCCCGUAUCUAACUGCGUUAGCCAAAUCUGACACAGUAGUAGACUAUCUCCGCGAGUUCCGACCACCAAGUAGUGCAGCAGUCGCACAACCAACCACUCCGCCGUGGCUACUCCUUUUCAAUCCCAGUCUGACAGAUGAUCAGGAAGGUUCCGACGGUGCACUGGAUGAUGUGAGCUACGAGUAUACGGAAGCGGAUGCAGUUUUAUCACCCCAUUUUCAUCCACCCACCACGAAUACAUCCACCAGUCUGUUGCGAUCUUAUCUGGCACAAGCAGAUCACACAAGUACGGUAUCGACUGGUGCACAAUUAGUUGUUCAUCAGCAUCGAAUCCAAUUGUCUUCAAAUGCAAACACUCAACCCACCCUACCACCAUCCAUACCUCCACCGCCCCCGCCGCCAUCAACAUCACCACCUGCCCCGGUGGCGAGCAGUUUUAUCCAUCAGGUUACUCGACCAGAACCUGCGGUCAUUAACUCCAUCGGAACUCGACUUCCCAACGCGGCGGAAUUACAAGACACGAGGACGACGUGA